AUGGCGGUCGCAUACACUGCCAUCUGUUGUGAAAUAUGGGAAGUUAUACAAAGAAGGGAAGACAUGACCUCCGGAAAGGGGCACGAGUGGAAAGUAAGAAAUCGCGUUAUGAGGAGUUCGUCGAACAAUUCAAUGUCAUCCGCAUACGCGAGUAAUUCGUCUAGAACAAACAGUAGAAAAAUUUUUAGAAAAAUAAAUAAAAAAGAAGAUGACAGAGCAUCUGUUAAACAAGUCAUUAAAAUGUUGGUCGCUGUCGUUGUCAUUUACGUCCUAUGUUGGGGCCCCAUGCUCGUCGACAACGUACUACAAGCCUACGGAAUAUCGAGUCACAUAAGAAUCGGAUGGCUUAAAUACAUGGGAACAAUUUUUCAUUUGAUGGCUUAUUUUAACAGUUGCAUCAAUCCAAUCAUUUACGGAUUUAUGUCGAAAAAUUUUCGGGAAAGUUUUAUAAAAGCACUUUGCUGUAGAGGGAAUAAAUCUAAAGUGACUUUACGAAGUUUUUCACUUUCCCAAACGAGAAACACGUCCAUCAGAUUGGCUGAAUCCAGGUGA